UAAUUUUGAAAUUGUAAUUUCCAAACACCUUAAAUAUUUAUUAUUCUCAAUUUGAAUUUCCAUAAGCCCAAAAUGAUGCAUCUAAUUAGUUUGAAUCCAAAUAUGUGACUGUGGGACCACUAGGGGACAAAGUUAGCACUAUAUAAAAUUUAGAACUAGAUUGGACAUCGACUCCCGGGGUAGACUACUUUCUUUGAACCAAUUUUAUGAUGUAAAUAAGUCCAACCCAGAAAUCUUUUCCCUAAAACCUCAUUCACGUCAUAAUAUCAUCUCAAAGAAAUUAGUCCACACCAGACGUCUAUGUCCAAUCCACUUUGUCUUUUAGCAUUGUAAUCUAUAAUGGUUAUGUGAUUUUCUAUAACAGGUAAUUCGACAUAAAAUCUUAACACCAGAUAAAUUUAUUCCACUAUUGUAUGAAAUCACAUGUUCAUGAAUUAUACCCUGUAGCGAUUUAUAUGUUGAAAAGAGAGCAUACUAAGAAAAAAUAAGUUCCCAUCUUAUUUUUAUAAAGUUCUCUUAAUCUAACACGUGUUUUGACUUCAGCUACAGGAAGAAAUAAAUUGAAACUGAUUUUGAUUGCAGGUGUUUCAGUCGUAGCGGUAGUUCUCUUCUCCAUAAUUUUAUUCGCUUUCAACAAGAGGAAGUACAUGCUGAAUUUGAAGAAAAAGACGCAAAACGAUAAGGACAUUGAACUCUUUUUGAAGAACAAUGAGAAUUUUGCAGCAAGAAGAUACAACUACUUUGAUCUUAAGAAAAUGACUAAUUCAUUCAGUGACAACUUAGGAGAAGGGGGCUUUGCUAGUGUGUAUAGAGGAAAGUUAUCCGAUGGUCGUCUUGUAGCAGUAAAGAUUUUGAAAGAAUCAAAAGGCAAUGGAGAAGAAUUUAUCAAUGAGAUUGCAAGCAUCAGUAGAACAUCCCAUGUUAACAUUGUCACUCUCCUAGGAUUUUGCUUUGAGGGUUCCAAAAGAGCUCUCAUUUACGAGUUCAUGGCCAAUGGAUCUCUCGAAAAGUUCAUAAACCACAAUAGCUCCAUAGCAGAACGUCAGUUAGGAUGGGAAAAAUUGUUUCAAAUUGCAGUUGGCAUUGCUCAUGGAAUAGAAUACUUGCACCAAGGAUGUAAUAUGCGGAUUUUGCACUUUGACAUUAAACCUCAUAACAUUCUUCUGGAUAAAGACUUCAACCCUAAAAUAUCGGAUUUUGGUUUGGCAAGGCUUUGCCCCAAUAGGUCUAGUAUAGUGUCAAUACUGGGGGCCAGAGGGACAAUAGGGUAUAUAGCUCCAGAAAUAGUUUAUAGAAGCGUUGGACAUGUUUCUCAUAAGUCAGAUGUCUAUAGCUAUGGCAUGAUGAUUUUGGAAAUGGCUGGACAGACGAAAAAUAUUGAUGUCAGAGUUGAUCAUUCAAGCGAAAAUUAUUUUCCUGAUUGGUUAUAUAAGAACCUAGAACAGAAUGCUGAGCUUGAUUUGAAUUUCAUUGUGAAUGCAAAUGAACAUUUGAGGAUAAAGACAAUGUUAAUAGUUGGCUUAUGGUGCAUACAAACCAAUCCUGCGACUAGACCAUCAAUGAGCAGGGUUAUAGAAAUGUUAGAAGGGAACAUGAAAUCUCUACAAAUCCCACCUAGACCCUACUUGUUUUUACAGUCAAGAGAAUUAGCACAUCCUUCAACUUUUGAAUUAUCACUCGCUUUCUCUGAUAUUCAUGAAGUUGAGCAAUGACCCCAUUAAAACUUUCUGGGAUCGCGUGGUGAUUGGUGGCUCCUAGUGACCAAGCACAAAAGCAAUUAUCUCUAUUGUUCGUUCUCUAGCAAUUUGUAAGUUGUUAAUGUUAAAAUGCUAAACAAGAAUUACCUGGAAUAUAAAAAUUUUCUUUAAUUUAAGAAUACGAGAUCGUUACUAUAUGUUCACGCAUAGUUAUUAGACUUAAC